AAAAGACGCACCCCAAACCUGUGCAAUGUGUCAAUAACAUUAAACAAAUAUCAACAACAAUCGCCAUUCGCCACGAAGUGGCGGUGAAGUCACCACGGCGCUUGUGCCAGGCUAUGUGCACUUUAAACAAAAUGUGAUCACACACACACACACCGGUCUGAUUAUAAGACGCAACCCCCAACUUUUGCGCUCAAAUACAGGGAACAAAAAAAGAUGCCGUCAUAUAAUCCGGGGAAUGCGGUGACUGCGACAUCACCAUAAUAAAAAAACAAAUGAUCGACUAAAAUAUAUAUCUAUUUUGUUUCAGUAUCCUCGCGUUUUCCCGAUAUUAUCUCAGCGUGAUCUAUCCAGCCUCCUCCUCCUCCUAGGCACCACGACUCCCCAACCCUCUUCCACCCCCGCCACCUACACGUGGUCUCUUCCGAAGUCUUUUAAAGCUCCGUGACAUGGAAGAGCUGCCAGAAUCAAAACCAGCAGCACCGGGACGAGUCACGCGCGCCACUGCACCUUCCUCCUCCCCCGCUUUGGCCAGAGCUUCUCUCUCCUCCAGCUUAUCCAGUGUGAGUGAAGACGCGUUGCUCCCCAGUGGGCUCGAGGACGCAGUGAGCAAGAGAGUUCACCGACAGCUCACUCUCUCUCUCUCACUCUCUCUUCCUCUCUUGUUUGCUUGCGUUGGUGUGCGUGGAGCUCGCUGCCUGGCGCUUUUGGGACGCGAAGGGGCCCCCCCUCCCCCCUCCUCUGCGUCGUGCGGCGAAGAUGAACGCGAGCGCAGUGCUCAGGGCUGCCCUGAACAUCAACCAGAGCAGCGACGGCCAGGCGUCCAGCUGCUGCGACCGGGCACUGGUGGUGGUGUCCGACGACGCGUGGGCAGGCUCCUCGUCUGCCGAGCUGGAGGAGCGCAGCGUCUACAUCACGCGCGUCGUGCAGAUCGCCGUCAUGUGCGUGCUCUCCAUCACCGUGGUGUUCGGCAUCUUCUUCCUGGGCUGCAACCUUCUCAUAAAGUCCGAGAGCAUGCUCAACCUCCUGGUCAAGGAGCGGAGACCUUCCAAAGAGGUGGAGGCGAUCGUGAUCGGAAGCCUGUGAGGAGGUGCCUGAGACGCUGCACUUUCCCAAGUGGACACGAACCAGGCUGAGGAACAAAUCUCAGCCGCUCGUGGAUAUGGAAGAGCGUCUGGACAUUGGACACUUUGACAAGUAACUGCGUCUGCGCCGACUGGAACUGUGGUUUACACUCUCGUGGGUUUUCAAGAACGAGAAAUGGUGGGGGCAUGCUCACACACUUUUUGUAUUGUUCGAUGUGAUGUAAUGUGUAAAAUAAUCCUGCCUUUGCGAAAUAUACAACACCUGUGCUGCAUUUUCAAAAAAGGACGUAACUGGUAUACGAAUUUAAUUCAUUUGUUGCCUGAAGCAGGAUCACCUAGAAUUACAACCUUACGUUAUGUUAAAAUCGUCAGUGCGGUUUUCCUCUCCAAAGUAAAUCGCUAUCGUGCUAUUACCGUGUACUUGCGUUACUCAUGAUUGAUUAUUUUGAGAAUGUAUACACGUUCGGUCGUGAGCGGUACAAUGGUCAUGACAAUUAAUUAAAAAAAGUUGUAUAUAUUCAGAGAUCAUUAAUCUGAUUUCUGGCGUGACCUCGACCAUCAAGCGGGUUCAAGCACCCGAUUGGUGGUCGAGUGCGCUGCGUGAUCCUGAAUUAUCCUCUGCAGGGCGAUCCCUUCGUAGACACACCGUGGAUUUCUCAUGACCACGUUUCAAUCCAACAGGUGAUCGAAUAACGCGAAGACGAUAGCUCCAUGUCUCACAGAGGAGAGCGUUCAAAUAUGUAGCACGUGAACUAUAUUGAUGUUGGUGAUGGACAUGCAGAGACCAUUAACGCAAACGUUGCCUAUUAUAUAUAGAUGUUUUCUCCUUUGAAUGCAGUGUUAUUAACAAGCGUGUUGGGCAUUUUUAAAUUAUUAUCUGUGGUUGCGCACCGUGGCGAAAGCUGUAUCGCUAUCUUAAACUGUAAUUUCCUUUAAAAAGAUUUUCCAUAUAUAUUAUACGAGUAGGAUAUCUAUAAAUGGAUCACCUUAUAGUUGCUUGAACCCAGUGAAACUUUUCAUUCGGAGAUUGGUUUGGCAUUGAUGUCUUAUUCGUAUGGAAUAUUAACCGCGUUUAUACGACGAAUGGACACAAUAUAUUGGUCGCAAUGUUAAACAUGUGUUUACGGUACUUUAAUUAACGAUUAAACAGCAGCGUGUACGAUUUCAAAUGCAGUGUAUUUGGUAUUCAUCGGUAUACGAAUAUAAAGUAUACAGUAUAUCGUGUCUGUUUUACGUGGGAGGGUAGAGCGGUGGUGGUGCGGUGGUUAACUCAAUACGCUCCAUGAACCUCGGCUACCGCAGUUGAAUUCCUGGCCACGGCUCACGGACAUCAGUGGCGAGUGAUAACUAUCUAAACGAGUCCUUCCGAGACGGCCUCCUUCUCCAACCCGCACUGACCAGCGUGGUAAAGUAUGGUCAAACGACCCCCAAAAGCGUCAUCAACUCGUGAAUUGAGAAUGGCUAUAAUGUAUUUGUCCUGCGUCUCUAUACUCUGCGUGUGGCGUACGUACAUCCUUGAUGGGCAAAUCCGUGAAACUCGUAUGAAUGCAGACGACUGAUUUCAGUGUAUACUUUUAGCCCACGUGUUUAUUAAAUGUACUAAAAAAAAAUAAACCUUUCACAACGCUGUCA